AAUGAAAAACUGAAAGAAAAACUCCUAUAUGUACAAAAAAAAGUUAGAUAUGAUUAUAGUAAAAGGAAGCUAAAGCUUCAAAAUGCCAAUAUUAGCAAUGACAAUAUAAACACGAAAGAACUCAUUAAUGACACAUCACGAUUGACUUGA